UCCCCAGAAGGGCUGCAGCCCCUGGGUGCUCUCUACACGCCGCUGCCCUGUGGUCCAGCACACUUUGUGUUUCCUUCAGUGCACAACCUGAGCAGAUGCACAAGCUCCUCGGCGUGUGCUUUGUGCCCCUUUUUUCCCCCAGCUCGAGCUGGGAGAGAUUCAGCUCUCCGUCCUUGGCGAGUUGAAGCGUCUGUUGAGCACGACAGGAGGAAGAUGUGGAGGGGGGAUGCGGGAUCCACGCUGCUCCCUGGAAGAGGCAUAUUAAUAACACCGAUGCACGGCCAAUUAGCAGAAGGAGCCAGGUCCAGCCCUCGUGUCUGCGUGCUAGUGAUUUAUCGGCAGUAAUUACCGAGGCACUCAGCGCUGAGUUUGGACGGGAAUUAAUUCGAGGCCGGAUAAAUAAUGCAUGACGGUUUAUUCAGCCCCACGUGAAGCGUCGCCGCCGAGCCAGAGCUGGGAGCCGAGCGAGGUGGCGGAGGGCGGCGGCCGGGCCCGGGGCAGCCCGCUGAGGCGAGGCGAGGCUGCCGGCAGGGAGGGAGCAUGCUGAGCCCCCGGAUCCGGCAGGCCCGGCGAGCCCGAUCAAAGAGUUUGGUGAUGGGUGAACAGAUUGGGCCUCCCUCCAGACCUUCCUCUCCUAACCCUCAAGAACGUGUGCUGAAGUGUGGCUGGCUGAAGAAACAGAGGAGCAUUAUGAAGAACUGGCAGCAGCGGUGGUUUGUGCUGCGUGGGGACCAGCUCUUUUAUUAUAAGGAUGAGGAAGAAACUAAACCUCAGGGUCUCAUUCUACUGCAAGGCAAUCACGUGAACGAGCUGCCACCUAAUCCUGAUGAACCAGGAAAGCAUCUUUUUGAAAUUGCCCCAGGUGGAGCAGGCAACCGGGAAAAGAUGCCUGUCAAUCAUGAAACUUUCCUGCUUAUGGCUAAUUCCCAGAAUGAAAUGGAAGAUUGGGUGAAAGCCAUCCGACGGGUUAUAUGGGCUCCAUUUGGUGGAGGUAUUGCAAAUAGCUCACAUGCACAUAAAUUAAAACAUUUGCCUCAAGGGAUCUUUGGACAGCGAUUAGAGGACACCGUACAGUACGAGAGGAAGUAUGGCCAGCGCUUGGCCCCCCUGCUGGUGGAACAGUGUGUGGAUUUUAUUCGGGAGCGAGGUCUUACAGAGGAGGGACUCUUUCGGAUGCCUGGCCAAGCCAACCUUGUCAAAGAUCUGCAGGAUUCUUUUGACUGUGGAGAGAAGCCCCUCUUUGACAGCAACACGGAUGUUCACACUGUGGCGUCUCUCCUGAAGCUUUACCUCCGAGAGCUGCCAGAGCCUGUCAUCCCCUUUGCCAAAUAUGAAGACUUUCUUUCUUGUGGACAGCUACUCUCAAAAGAUGAGGGAGAGGGUACCCAGGAACUGGUUAAACAGGUGAAGAAUUUGCCCCAAGCCAACUACAACCUCCUGAAAUACAUAUGCAAGUUCCUUGAUGAAGUUCAGGCUCACUCCAGCAUUAACAAGAUGAGUGUCCAGAACCUGGCUACAGUAUUUGGACCAAAUAUAUUACGACCCAAAAUGGAAGAUCCCAUGACCAUGAUGGAAGGCACCUCCCUGGUGCAGCACCUGAUGACGGUGCUGAUAAGUGAACAGGGCCGAAUCUUUGCUGUUCCUCAGGCAGAUGUGCCAGGGAGCCAGCUGGAAAUCAGACCCGUGCGUCCACGCAACACCGUGGAGUGGAUCUCUGAGGAGGACGGGGAGGACAAGUCAGAAAGCUGCAUUCCCAGCCCUGCCGAUUCGCCCUCUGCCAAUGCUGUGGCACCAGAGGCCACCCCUGGACCCGUGGUGAAAAACACCUCUCCAGAACGCAGCGACAAAUUGACUCAGCCUGCCACCAGCCCCAGCAAAAGAGUGCAGACGCUGCCUCCCUGGAAAUACUCCUUCCGCCAGCCGGGAGCACGGUCUGUGAGUCCAAAGCUGGGCAGCUCAUCCUUAGAUAUCCCCAACCUUUCCUCCAGUGGGAACUGGCUGAUGAACGGACUGUACUCGCUCCGAGGCCACCGCCGGACAGCCUCUGGGGAACAACGAGUUAAAGACUCGUGUUCUUCCCAAAGACUUUCUACUUACGACAACGUCCCUUCAUCCAGCCUCUCCCUUAGCACACACAGCACGGCCAGCACCACGUGGUCGACAUCAUCGUGUGAGAUCUCCGUGGUGGACUCGGUCAGCAGCUGCCCAGCCUGUCGGGCCAGUGACUCUUCGGCUUUAAGCUCUCUGCAGACGGAGUGGAUGACUCAGGGCUCGCUGUCUCAGAGUGAGGUCAAGACUGCAGAUCUGGAGAACAGCAUCGACAGGUUUGAUGCUUGCAGCAGCAGCAGCGAACAGAGCAACCCAGCUGCAGCUUCCAGAGACUCUGUCAAAUGCUCUAGAGCCUUACAGAGCUUGGUGGUGGAGCUAAAGACAGAACUGAGCAAACAGAGGACUGAGUACGAGACCAGUAUCAAAAGAAUUGAAGAAACAAGUUCAGACCUGAGGAAGCAAGUGGUUAGGCUAGAAGAAGAACUGGACCAAGAACGAAAGAAAUACACGAUGCUGGAGAUAAAGCUGCGGAAUUCUGAACGUGCUCGUGAAGAUGCCGAGAAGAGGAAUCACCUCCUGCAGAAGGAAAUGGAAGAGUUUUUUUCAACAUUAGGAUGUUUAACUGUUGGGAGUCGAAGUGCUAAAGUCCCCAAAUAGAACGAGCUUAUGUACAGCAUAGAAAAUUCUAUUUCUGGCAAAACCAGUGAAAAGGCACAUUUUGUUAUGGUAUACUCAUGUAUCAUGAGUAAUUCCACAGUGAUUGUGCUCUCAGUGACGCUUAUUCUGUUGUUUUUACAUGUGCUGUAGUACUUGGGCAAGCUGGAGAAAGACUGCGAAACAUAAUGCUUGGAAGUUUAGCUAUCAGCUUACCCGGAAAGAGUGGGCACACUUUUUAUCCACAAGUCAAAAGGUACUGUUCUACGUAGCUGUACUGUUGCCAUCUUUCGAUUUGCUUGCAGCAUCCUUUUGCUGGUUCAAGGAGAAUGGAAAGGUGUGCAAGGUGGGUGAGGUGGCCAGAAGGGCAUUUGGGAAGAUCGCAGUUCUAGGAUGUCACCACAUUCAGUGUGGUUUAGGAUAUGGAUUUAACACGAGGCGGUUUUUUCCUCCCCACUCUCUUUAUAAAGUUUGUUCAGAUUUCUCAUUCUUGAAAAUGGCAUUAUUUUAUCAAGAUGCUUUGAAAACAAUGUCUACAGAAUAGCAGAAAAUACUGGAAAUUCUGACAAUUCACUGAAGUUAUCCCUUAGAUACUGAACAGUUCCACUGCUUCAUAAAAAUAUGACUUAUUAAAGUGUAUGUGAUUAACUAUCAGAUUAGCCACAUAAAUGCCAUGGAACUUUAAAUAUGCACAUUUGGCCCUAGUUAUCUUAUUCUUAUUUGAGCCAAAAAUAGUAUUAGCCGCAAGGAAAGAAAAAAAAAGAGCUGAUAUAUAUGAUAUAUACUGAUCAGACAUCAAGUUAAGAGAAGAAAGAUUCUUAUCAUCAAAAUACAUCCAGCUGAUGCAGGUUUUUAUAUAUGAAAUCUUAAUAGCAGAAACUAUGGUAAUUUGGUAGAAAAAACAGUAAAUUAAUGCAGUUAGUGCUGGAAAAGGGUGGGAUCUACCUUUAACCUUCACAGGACAGUUUACUUCUAGAUUGUCAUACCUUUCAUGACCCCAAUUGAUUUUUUUAUUGUUAGUUCAUGAGGAUAUGAAGGGACAGAAGGAGAACUGCAAACAACCCAGUAGCCUAAGUUCACUACUUCUGCUAAAAGAACAGACAUCAUUAGAAUGAAGUUGUAAUUCCCAGUAAUUAGCUGUCAGUGCUCACUUCCCUUCAAGGGACUUACUUGAGAAGUUCUGCAUAACAUUUGUAGUGCCCUAAGCUAUGCAGAACCUGCACACAGAAAUUGUAUCACUAGAUUCAUCUCGAGCUCUGCUUGCCAGCCCCAGCACUCACCACAUUAUUUGCUCUCUUUGACAGCUGAGGCAGCUUGGGAGUCUCAAAGGAGAAAGAUUUUUAACAGAAAAGUACCACAACAUGAACUGGCUAAGACAAAAGUACAGUCUGCAGUGAAAGUGCUUGCUUUAACUAUUUUUCUUUAAAUGACCUGAAUCUGACAUCUUUUCGUACUAAAGAAGAAUAUAACUCAUCUUCUGGAAAUAACCUUGGAAUGUUUUUUUUAAAAUACCAGCAGAUUUCACACCUUUUACUAUUGACUUUCUCCUCAUCUCACAGAUAUCCGUGUUUUAAUAGACGUUACCUUUUUCUGUCACUAUAGUGCUUCUCCUUUCUACAGAAAUGUAAACCAUUUAAAGUGAGCAAAAAGAAAACAUAUUUACCUAAUAUUUCCCAGUUAUAACUAGUCAAACAAAGUGGUCAAAUAAAACUAAGCAGUUAUU